GCUUUGUCCCAGUUGGGACGUAACGCCAGAAAGAAGAAGAAUAACGAUGAACCUAAUAAAAAAAAAAACUUGAGAUCCAAACUGCUUGGCAACAUUUAGGCCCAUGAAUAUUGUGAUUUUUUCACACAACACAUUUUUUUUUAAAUGUGGCAAUGACAUCUAUUGCAAUAAUUUUCGUUUUGUUCUGUUUGCCUUCUCCAAUCAGAUCUCAAUUUGCUCCUAUAGGGAGAAUGUAUGGACUGACAUUCAUGGCACUCCAAUUUAACAUAUACGGAUAUUCAAACAAAAAAUUAUUUCGUUUAGUGUCCAAUUUGGAACUAAUUUAGAUUAAUUUAUUUCUAAUUUGCCAAAAUGAAGUCACGGCCAGAUGCACAACAAAACAAACAAAUUCAAUCAUUUGUUAUACUUUCGCUGCUCGACUACAACGGCCGUCCAUUCACAAUGCGCACGUUAACAUUGAUGGUUGUGGGAUUGAUUUUCAUCGCUGUGAUCGUCGCACCUGACGCCAGCUGUCAUCGCAGAGGAGGAGAAGCCGGAGGGAAAGGGGAUCAUCCGUGGAAGACCAAUACUUCAGCUACUACAAUAGGAGGACAGGCAAUUAACACCACUGCCAUCGGGCCUGUAAUGGCGACGAUCACUCCAAGAUCCACCACAUUUCGGACCACGAUGGCCAUUCUCAUCGUGUCGUCAAAUCCGAUAGAUGUCAAGAAUGGAAAGUGAUUCAGUGUUUAAUAAAUUGGCUCAUGGCAUUAUUUUUGCCUCAAUAUUGCAAACAACGCACAGUAUCUUGUCUUUGUACGCUUUUCAUGUCUCUACAAUGUUGUUAAACGUAUUACCUAAAACAAGUGUUUUUGUUGAAUAUAUCAACUCUUUAUCUCUUGGAGUGAAGAAGCUAUUGGUCAAUUUGUGGAUCAUAAGCCCCAGAUACUUAACUUCAUCUGAUCAAUUUAUUGGAACUCCUCUCAGUGUGACAACAUGACUACUUAGGUUUCAAAUAAAGAGC